AUGGAACAGCUUCGAGUCAUUACUUCUGGAUCUCAGAAGUCACCAUCGAUUAAAGAAAGAGAAAAAAAAAUAGUGGUUGAAGCGGUUGAAGAAGAUCGAAAUUCACUAAAUAAUUCUUUCAGUAAUAGUGAAUCAAUUUCAAGUAAUAACGAAUCAAUCAUACUAAAGAAACGAAAAUGCUAUAAUAAGUUUCGUGAUGUAAUUUUUGAUGGUCAAUAUGAUGAAUCAGAACAAGUUCCAAUAGAAGAAAGUUCUGAUGAAGAAUGUUUUGAGAUACCACCAGGUGAUGAAGAAAGUUUUUCUACUAAUGAUGAUAUAUUCAAAUAUCAAGCAAGAUUUCGCCUUUCGGAUGUUGCCAUCGAUUCACUUAUUAAAUUUUUUAGGAUGGUUUUAUUGGAUGUUAAUCAACUGCAAUUUGAAAAAUUUCCUACAAGUUCAUAUAUGGCAAAAAAAUUUUUAGGAAUUGGCAAACAAGAAGUGACAUUUGCUGUGUGUUCAAGCUAUAAUACGUUAUAUAAAGUUACAGAAAUUUUGUCUACUGGGCAUAAAUACACGCAUGUGGAAUACCUAAAUCAUCCAAUGCGCAAUCAAAAACGACCCUGUAGAACAGAAUUAACAAAUAAGAUUCUGGUAAAUAAUGGAUUUGUCAGAAGACCGAAGAUGUUAUUCCCUAUACCAUCUUUAAAAAUGCAAAUAAUGACGAUGUAUCAGCGCUCAGGUUUCAAAGAAUUACUACAUAAAUAG